AUGGCCACCACCAGCCCUGACAUGGCUGGGACGAAAAAGCGAAAGCGCGCGGAGGCCGGAUAUUUGGAGGACGAUGACCCUGUGAAGCCGGAUUCCGCUCCGGGAAAUGGCUUUGGAGUCGCUCAGACAUUGUCUCGUCUCCAGAAUGCCGAUGCGCCUGCAGCAGGCGAACCUAGCAAGUCGACACAGGUCCAGGGCGACACAACGGACAACAGAGCGAAGAAGAAGAAACGGUUAGAUGGCGAGAAGAUUAAAUAUCCAGUUCUUACCUAUGUCGAAGGUAGGUUACAGUCGUCCAUUCGCAUUGCAGAUCUCCAAGGCCUGCUGCUCUAUUGCUUCGCAGAUGGGAUCGCUCCGCAGUGGAUAUCAGUGAAGCAUUCGGGCCAUGUUCGCAAAGUUGUUGUUUUGAUGGUCCCAGGUUUGGAAAUGGGCAUGUUCGAUGGCACAAUUCCGCUGGAGGAAAACCCGCUCAGUGAAGAACAGAAGGCUGGUCUUACGGGCCCCGAUAGUGACAAAGGCAGGGAAGACGAGCAAGAUGCCAAAGCGGCGGACUUUGAGAGAUGGAAGCAAGGACUUCCUCUCGAAGAUAGAUCACAUCGUUUCAACCCUCGCCCUCUUUCGCGCGAGACUCUCCCCAAUCCAUUGGAGCCACUGGCAGACAUAUUCCCUCACAUUUGGCCUGUUAAGGCCCCAGGAGACUCGAAAUAUAAUAAAGUCCAUUCUCCUCUUCAGGCAAUUCUACUCUCGGCGCUACCAAAGUCCAAGGAUAACGAAGGCCAAAAGGGUCCUAAACGAGCAAAGGUAGACAAGAGCUUUGUCGCCAAACGAACUCCGAUUACGACCUUCAUCACCUCCGUCGAUGACCUUCGCGAUAACGAGUACGUCUUACAUCCGGCCUUUUUCAACACCGAACAGGAGAAACUGGUACAUUCGGAGAACCGUAAACGAGCCGGUCAGUCUGCUGAAGAUGGUUGGGUUGACACUCUUGUCCCGAACCUGGACGCUGGCCAAGUGCCUGAAGCCGAGAUUCAACAAGGUAGCAUUACAGCAGCCCGCAACGUGUUGGCGCUCGACUGCGAGAUGUGCAUUACGGAAGGAGGUCAAUCGGAGCUUACCCGCAUCAGCUUGGUCGGCUGGGACGGCGAGAUGGUGCUGGAUGAACUGGUGAAGCCUCAGAAGCCGAUUAUCGACUACCUAACUCGUUUCUCCGGCAUCACCAAGGAAAAAUUGGAUCCGGUGACAACGACACUUGCUGAUAUCCAGCAAAAGCUCCUUACUAUUUUAACUCCGCGUACGGUGCUGAUCGGCCACUCCCUUAACUCUGAUUUUAACGCCCUCAAACUUACCCAUCCUUUCAUCAUUGAUACCACCGUUAUCUACCCGCAUCCGCGCGGACCGCCACUCAAGUGCAGCCUGAAAUGGCUUUGCCAAAAGUAUUUAGGGAAAGAGAUCCAAAAGGGGAUGACAGGUCACGAUUCCAUCGAGGACUCACGUGCUGUGCUGGAACUUGUGAAGCUGAAAUGUGAAAAGGGAGAGAGCUGGGGCACCAGCGAAGCUUCGAAUGAAAGCAUCUUCCGCCGUCUCGCUCGCUCCCAACGAUCAGGAAAAUCGACACCAACUGGUCAGGGUCGAACAGGGGCCGUUGUUGACUGGGGCAAUCCCGAGCGCGGAUUCGGAUCGCAGGCGACCGUCGCGAUUGGGUGCAGUGACGAUGAGGGCAUCGUCAAGGGCAUUUCCUCGGUUGUGAACGGCGACGAGAACAAUGCUUCUAUUCCGGGGGGCGGUGUAGACUUCACUUGGGCACGGAUGCGAGAACUCGAAGCCCUUCGAGGCUGGUGCAACCGUCUCCCGGAUCCAAACAAAGCCAACGAGUCAACCAGCUUGAAUCCUCCCCCUGAAGAAACCACGCCAACAUCCUCCGAGGCUACCCCAGGCACUGGCACCUCCCAGGAAGAUCUCUCAAAUACGGUGUCGCGCACCGUAUCUAACAUUUCCAGAAUCUACGAAUCCCUUCCACCCUGUACUCUGUUCGUGGUUUACUCGGGAACUGGUGACCCGCGAGAGGUUGGCCGCUUACAGGGAAUGCACAAGACAUACCGGGAAGAGUUCCAAUCACGCAAACCAUGGGAUGAGCUAACCGUAAAGUGGACGGACACAGAGGAACAAGCCUUGAAGAAGGCAUGCGAGAGGGCCCGGGAGGGCUGUGGAUUCAUGUGUGUGAAAUGA